UGGAACGUAAGCGCCUGCUGUCCUCCUUCGACCCCACCCGUUUCGUUUCAUGCCGCUUCUUUAGUCUCAACUUAGUCCAAAGUUUACCGCUAGCUAAGUCAGUGUUCCAAACUUACCAAAAGAAUGUACGCGGGACGCCGCCGUUAAGCUGCUGUGAUAUCCAAACAAGUAACUGAAGGAGCGAAAACUUUCGUGUCAAAAAUGGAGAACGACAUCCUGGAGAUGGAGUCCCUCUCAGAUGCCGAGGAACUCGGGGGAGAUGCCCGUUUGGAAAUGAUAGAAGAAGACGUCGUUUACCCCGAGGAGUUUCUGCCAACGUAUCACGGAAUCGCGGAAGGCUCGACGGUCGUUAAAGUGCAACUGGCCGACUUCAACGAGAAGCCCGAUUCGCUGUUCUUCAACGACGGCGUCCGCCGCAUCGACUUCAUUUUGGUCUACGAGGAUGAGGACAGGAAGGAGUUUGAGAAGAGACACACAGUCGCACGGCGAAAGAGACGGCGGGAAUACUUUGAGGCCAGCCUGAUGAAAAUGGGAAUGGAGUUGGAGGCCACACGAUCUGUGUCGGACGACAACCUUGUGUUCGUCAAAGUGCACAUGCCGUGGGACACGUUGUGCACGUACGCCGAGGUGCUACACAUCAAGCUGCCCAUCCAGCCCAACGACCUGUCGUCACAGCGCUCGCCGUGGUGGCAGUGGCUGUCGGCGAUCACCAAGCCCUUCUACCCGAACGAGAACCUCAUCAGAAAGGAAGCCGAGUUCUUCACCGCCCCCUUCGAGAAAGACCGCCUGGAGUACUUCUACGUCAAGGACAAAGAUGUUUUCUUCACCUCGUCCAUGCGGAGCCGGAUGGCUUAUUACAUCUUGAGUCGAGCCCCCUAUGAGAUACGAGGCAACGUGAAGAAGUUUGGCAUCCGGAAAUUAUUAGACAGCGGUGUCUACAAAGCUGCUUAUCCUCUCCAUGAUUGUAGGUUUAAUGUGAAGUCACAAGAAGAAGGCUGCCCCAACGAGAGGUUCCUCCUCUAUAGUGAGUGGGCUCACCCGAGAAGCUUCUACAAGAUGCAGCCGCUCAACCUCAUAAGGAAGUACUACGGCGAGAAAAUUGGUAUUUAUUUUGCCUGGUUGGGCUUCUACACCAUCAUGCUGGCUCUUGCUGCUGUUGUGGGUCUCAGUUGUUUCAUAUACGGAUACAAAACGCAAGAAACCAGCACGUGGAGCAAAGAGGUGUGCGACCCGGCGAUCGGAGGCAACAUAGUGAUGUGCCCGCAGUGUGACCAGGAAUGCAAAUACUGGCUCUUAAACAGCACCUGUGAAGCCUCAAAGAAACUGUGCAUAUUUGACAAUUUUGGCACGCUGGUGUUUGCGGUUUUCAUGGCAAUCUGGGUGACACUCUUCCUGGAAUUUUGGAAGCGCUACCAGGCCGAACUGGAAUACCAGUGGGACACGGUGGAGUUCCUGGAGCAACAGCAGCCGCCCCGGGCUGAAUACGAGGCCAAGUGUAUAUAUGAGAGGAAAAACCCAAUCACGGGGGUGAAGGAAAAAGUGCCAUACACAGCCUGUGGACGAUGCAUUCGAGUGUCAAUAGGAAUCGGGACAGUUUUAUUUUGGAUCCUGCUCAUCCUGGCCUCCAUCGUGGCCAUCACCGUGUACCGCCUGGCCGCCUUCUUCGCCUUCUCGGCCAGGCUACGAACGCAGGACCUGAAGGAGCUGGAGCCUCUCAAGGAGUACGUGACGCCGCAGAUGGCCACGUCGGUCACGGCCUCACUCAUCAGCUUCGUGGUCAUCAUGAUUCUCAACAUGCUAUACGAGCGGGUCGCUAUCUGGAUCACUAACUUUGAGCUGCCAAGGACCAAGACGGACUACGAAAACAGCCUGACGCUCAAGAUGUUCCUCUUCCAAUUCGUCAACUACUACUCGUCUUGUUUCUACAUCGCCUUCGCUAAAGGGAAGGCCGUCGGCUAUCCCGGACGACCCGUCUACCUCUUGGGAAAAUACCGUAACGAGGAGUGUGAUCCCGGUGGUUGUCUGAUCGAACUGACCACUCAGCUGUCAAUCAUCAUGGGCGGUAAAGCCAUCUGGAACAACAUCCAAGAGGUCUUAUUACCGUGGGUGAAAAACGUGAUCUUCCGCUACUGCACGCAUGCGCCGUCGCCAAAGGUGACCCCUCGCUGGGAGCAGGACUACCAGCUUCAGUCCAUGCCCAAAUUGGGACUCUUCUACGAGUACCUGGAAAUGGUCAUUCAGUUUGGCUUCGUCACCCUCUUCGUGGCCUCCUUCCCCCUGGCUCCGGUCUUGGCUCUGGUCAACAACCUGUUUGAAAUCCGCGUGGACGCCUGGAAAAUCACCACGCAGUUCCGCCGCAUCGUUCCGGAGAAGGCCCAGGAUAUCGGCGCCUGGCAGCCUAUCCUACAAGGCGUCGCCAUCCUGGCUGUCGCCACCAACGCGAUGAUCAUCGCUUUCACAUCCGACAUGAUCCCACGGCUGGUCUAUUACUGGUCCUUCUCCGUGUACCCGUACGGGGAGCAUGAUUCUCAAACCAUGCAGGGCUACAUCGAAAGAUCUCUGUCCAUCUUCAACGUUAACGAUUUCUCCAACUACAGCAGGCCGCUAAGCGCGCCGGACAACAUCACCAUCUGCAGGUAUCGAGAUUUCCGCUACCCACCCGGGCACCCUAAGGAGUACGAGUACAACAUCUACUAUUGGCAUGUGAUCGCUGCCAAAAUGGCGUUCAUUAUAGUUGUCGAGCACAUCGUUUACCUGACCAAGUUCAUCCUGUCUUACGUCAUCCCCGACGUGCCGUACGCCGUCAAAGAGCAAAUGAAACGGGAGAAGUACCUGACCCAGGUGAUCCUGCACGAGACCAACCUCAAGCUGGUCACCAAGCGCCUUAAGCCCAUCCACGACGUUUUGCACAAGAAUUCCGACGGAAAACCGGAAAUUGCGUUGGAUUUUGAUAUUUGAAAAAAGGAAAAAUGUGGCUCGUGAAUGACUGAACAUGAACAAAACUGUCAAGUUUAAGCAAGUUAGACAAUAAGGAGAAACAUAGCUUAUGUGUCUGAAUGCAGAGAGAAAAUUAGGUCAAGUUACUUUUAGACAGCUCGUGAUAAGCUUUACUGUUUUUAAAUUCUGACAUAUUUCAGUAUUAUUGAAAGCCAUAGAUUAUGCUUUAUUUUUACGUCACAAUCAUUUCUCAAUGUAUACUUACAGACGGAAUCCACGAGAGAAAAAAUAGAUUUUGAUUAUUUUAGCAGCAAAACAGUAUGUGUGAAAUCUGUCAAAAUGUUGAACGUUUACAGGAGGUCCAUCAGUCACUUUGUCAAAGUCUGAUUAAGUUCCUGUCAAAA